GGGAUGCUCUCUUCCGUCUCACACCGUCUUCCCAUCCGUCUCUCUUCAAAAGCCCUCUUCAUCUCUUCUACCCGUCUCACAUCCCUCAAACCACUCCCUCGUCGAACAUCCAUCGCCAGAACUAGAACGAUGUCCAUCCAGACUCACUCCUCCCUCAAGAAAGUCUCCAUCGAGAACGCCCCAGCAGCCAUUGGCCCCUACUCCCAAGCCAUCGUCGCCCCACCCUACGUCUUCAUCUCCGGCUGCCUCGGCUUCGAUCCCAAAACUGCAGCCUUCGUCCCCGGCGGCGUCGAGGAGCAGGCGACGCAGGCUUUGAAGAACCUGAAGGCGGUCGUGGAGGGGAGCGGGAGUGAGUUAGGCAAGGUCGUCAAAGUCACGGUCUUCAUGAAAGAUAUGAACGACUUCGUCGCCGUCAACAAGAUCUAUGAAUCUGCCUUUGGCGAACACAAGCCUGCGCGCUCCGCCGUCGAGGUCGCUAGGCUCCCGAGGGACGCCUUGGUCGAGAUCGAGGCUAUCGCAGCUGUAUGAGCAAGCAGCUGUGGCCGAGGGUGAUAUUUUGUGAGCACCUUCGGGGGUGCUGUAUCAGCACCUCCGAGGGCAUUGACAGAGAUAACGAGGCGCUAAAAAGUGGACGUGGAGGAAGUCAAACUAACUUUGUACGAAUGGAGAAUGUCGAGGGCUGCUGAGAAUUGAAGGAAAGGUUUUUGAGAAUGAGUUCGUUGUCCCUCAGGCGGGAUGGGGCCACACUGUGUGGCGUAGCCCCUAAUCAAUCGAAGGUUUUCGUUGUCCUCCUGGAAUCCAUCUUGAUCUUCUCCCCGACCGACCCGCAAAUUUCCUGGCACAUCCACACACGUCCGCAGCACAGCGCAUACAACGCCCCUAGGCCUCCCACUUCAAGCCAUCGUCAUGCAUCCGAAGUUUACACAAAGAAUGUAAGAGGAUUUCGAUAGAA